AUGACGGGGUCGUUUAUGGAGGCUGAAAACGUUAUGCUGAUAACCGAUCCGACUAUCGCAAUAUCGCAAUAUCGCAACAUCUUAAUAUUCGAAAAGCGCAACAUUCGAGAUGGGGUCAGCGGCCAAGUCGCCGGCACGAGCAGGCUCGUCGCGAGUCCGCACUCCCAGGCGACCUUCCAAGGCAGCGGCUCGUACGUCGUAUUUGACUGGGGCAAGGAGUUCUGGGGGAUCCUGUCGCUGACGAUCAACAACGCGACGGCGCAGUCGCAGUUCUCGCUGUCGCUCACCGACCUGCGCCGGCAGCUGCAGAACUGGGACGUGAUCCAGACGUUCCACGCGCCGCUCGCCACGGGGCUGCUGGCGCAGACCGUGGGACAGCAGUGCGGCGGGUUACGCUUCCUGACAAUUGUGAGUGCGAGCGCGGACCCGCUGGCAAUUACGUUUAUGCCCCACUGGGACGAUCUCAAGGCGUACCCGGGCUACUUCUACGCACCUAACCCCGGGUUUCACGACAUCGACUUCCUGGCGAAGAUCUUGUACGCCGGCACGUAUACGGUGCAGAACAACACAAUCCCUCCCCGCAUGGUGCGACAGGGGCCGUGGCCCGCAGGAGGUGGCUGGUCCAACAAUGCCUUGGGAGGUUCCGUGAUUGGGCCUAUCCUCGUCGAUGGAGCAAAACGCGACAGGAACAUCUGGCCAGGUAAUCCCUCAUGCUCAGGGCCGCGAUCUAAGCCUCGGAAUCACGCGACGGAUCAGGCGACUGCGAAGCCAACCACCGGCGCGCUGCAGUACUCUGGGCCGCUGCUGAACAAUCAGGGCAGCGAUAAGUACAUCUCGUCGUCGCUCAUCGGGACGCACAACUACUUCUUGUAUGUGGGCGACCUCGAUUUCGUCAAGUCUGUCUGGCCAAACUACACCAAGGCGGUCGGCUUCCUUGAAGGUCAGGUGGACUCGACGGGCCUGAUGACCGUCCCGUCUUCAUUCUCGAAUGACUGGGGCAGGGCAGGAGGCGCCGGAAACAGGUCGCAGACGCUCGUCACCGCGACGGACCUGGCGACGCAUCUCGGCAACGUCUCCCUCGCCGCCACAUACCUCGCCAACGCAACCAAAAUGCAAACCGCGCUCAACAGCCUGCUGUGGGACGCCGCUGAGGGCCUGUUCCGCGAGAACGACGUCCCGACAAGCAUCUACCCGCAGGCCGGCAACGCGUUUGCGGUCCUGUACAACCUCACGACAUCGGAUGCACAGAACAAGGCCCUUUUGGCCAAGUUCAAGGCCCUCGACGAGCUUCACAAUAUUGAUCAGACAAUAGACGACAGGUGGGCUUACGCCCUUAGCCAUGCAGCGGCAGAGUACAAGGACGAGAUCGCACCCUUACCUAACCUGAAGGAGCUUCAUGGUGGUGAUGGUGUCAUUGGACGGAACGUUGAUAUGGGCGGGGUGAAAAACGGCUACGGAUUGGGGCCGGAGCAUCAUGCCCGAUUGAAUGCAAUUCUCGACGAAAUUGAGCCGAACUUUGGUCCCGAUGAGUCAUAAACUGUUGGUCCCGAUCUUGAUUACAUGCUCACUACGCUAUCUCGAAUAUUAUGCUAUCUCGAAUGUUGGGCUUUUCGAAUAUUACGAUAUUGCGAUGUUGCGGUGUUGCGAUAUUGCGAUAGUCGGCUACCUUGGGUCUUGAUCAUUGCGUCAAUCAUCUGAUCAAUAUCUGCCGA